UGACAGGUGGGGGGGGGGGGGGGAUAAGCUGAUAUAAUUUGGUGGAACAUAACCUGAAGUGCAUCUGCACUGAAACACUUUCUCUCUUGUAUAUAAUGCUAUAAGAAAAAAGGGUUAAUCUAGUAUUCAUUAUCUAUUAUCCAACAUGUCAUACAGAUAGGUUUACUAAAUACCUUGGUAUAUCUGAAUAGGUAAUUAUCCAUCCAAAGAAACGCAUAUAUUUUAGUGUUAUAAGUGCAGUGGUACUCCAAAAAGUAUCAGUUUUCUUAAAAUGUUAAAUGACAAGGGGUGGAACAUUUAUACGUAUUGCACAGAAAACACAAGUACCUUUGUCACUGGAAUUGCCUUUUUGUAUUUCUCUGACUAUUUAAUGGUGUUUUCAAACAUUCUGAGUGGUUCUGGGUAAUUCUGCCUUUACCUGGGUUUGCACUGCUUGGAGCUUGUCUGGAGAACCAUGCUGGGACUGAACAACUUUCCUCCAUUCCAAUCAUGUGACAAUGUGACCUUUCAACUUUUCAACUCUACUACUUUCUAUUUAAAUAUAUGCAAAGUAGGUAGGGCUGGCAGAGUUGAAUAGUCACAUUGUUGUAACCAAACAUUGCUUUGGCUAACUUUUUUUUUUUUUUUUUUACAAACAGUGUCAACUGAAGAAACAUUCAAGUUUGUUUGUACAAACUUGAAGUUUGUCAGUACCCUCUUCCCCCCCCCAAAAAAAAAAAAAUCUUUUUUUUUUUUUUUUUUUUUAAAUAAUGCACAACAAGGGCAGGAUAUUUGCUCUUCAUCCCUUUCCCAGUGAUUGCAGCCAAGACUGGAAUCAUUGCAAAUCACAAUUUAAAGUAACUUUAUAAACAAAGUGCAAUCUGUGCAAAGUUUGGGAACUUCAUAUGCAACAAUUCUAUGAGGGUGUUUUUAAACUCAGUUUUGCUCAUGCAGAAAAGGGAUAUUGCCCAGCAUUGUGAGGAAAUCCUCUUUUUAAUGCUUUCAGGUUUUGUAUUCAGAUGGUAAUGCAGACAGUCAGGGCUCCUUGUUUUGGUAACCCCAACCCCUGCUUCACAGCUGAGGAGGAUGAACUUGGUCCUUUGAGCAAGGUCUUCUCAAAGGAUACGUUCUUCUCCCAUGUGGGGAUGAACGGGAAAGCUGUUUGCUUUCAAAGCUUUAAAUAGAAGACAUAGGGAGAGAAACUGAGGUUUGAAAAAAAAAAAAAAAAAAAGUACUCUGCCGUUUUGUUCAGGGCACUCAGUUAUCUAAGCCAGUUUUAAUUAGAUUUUUUUUUUUUUUUUUUUUUUUUCCAUGAUAAUGCCAAAAAACUGGCCCUUAUAAUUUGAUAUACUAAUGUAUAGCAAAAUGGUGUUAUGUAUUAAAAUUUCUUUUUUUCAAAUGGAAGUGAGCCAUUAUUUCAAUGAUUCACCCACUGUAUAAGUAACAUUAGCAGUUUUGGUGUGUUCUGUUCUUAACUACAGGUUCUAAUGGUUGUCUGAUGGUUUUCUAUCUAACAUACAUAUAUUACUUUUGUGAACCUGGAUUUUUUUUUUCUUUUCUUUUUAAAAACAACCUUGUGUGAUUCCUGGGCAAUACUAGCAGUAAAACAAAAACUGUUUUAAAGAACAGUUUUUCUCCACUGAGCCAUAAAAAAGACCUUAUAACCAUUUACUGCUGCAAGCACUAACUGGAGGCAAGCAAGCAGUUUCAAAUACGAAGACUUUUGCGCAUGUAAACAAACUGGACUGUCAAACUUUCUGUACAUGGAAAAUUAAGAAAAAAAAAAAAAAAAGACGCCAAGGAAUAAUUGUAUAGUGUAGGUUUAACAUUUUACUGAAUUUCUAAAAAAAUAUAUUAUUUUGACUAUUUAAUAGAAAAUACUUUCCGAUAUAUUUAGUCAGUUGGUCAUAGACACUAUGGUACUGUACGCUUGUGUGUAUAAAUGGCGCAUGUCUACCAGUUGACACAAACAUUCCCCACUGUGUAACUACUUCAAUAACUUGGGAUGCACCUGUUUUGUUGGGGUAUGCCGAUGGUAGAACUAAGGACUCCUCCCCUUGCACUUGUCCUUCGAUUGCAAUUGGUCCAGCCGGGGGUCUUAUGCUAAUGAGCUGUGACCCUCUGCACCUGACUCUACUGAAGAAGAAUGCGAGGCAGAGAGGCUCAGAGUUCAUAUACUUAUUCAUGUCCACAUCCUCGGUCCAGCUACAUUCUUGCGUUGCGUCAGGAGAAGCAGCAGGAAUCAUAAAAGUAAAACAACUAAUACAAUGCCAAGAUCUUUCCUGGUGAAGAAACACACGAGUUAUAGGAAGCCAGACUAUGGGCGACUGGAAUCACAGGAAAAAGAAGAAGCUGCAUCAUCUCCAUACCCUUUUGAAGGCUCGAUGAUCGCUCACAUUUCCCAACCUGAGUUCCCAACACCGGCCACCUGUGCUGAGGCCCUGGAAGGGUGGGCCAGUAUAUCUCUUGUCACCUCAGCUACCCCAGCCACAGGGUCAGGGGGAGGUGGUGUCAUCAAAAGCAUGCCAGUCAACACACGGCCACAGCACACAGACUCUUCCAGGGCCAAUUUGGCAGAUGAGCCACUACUCACCUUUCAAACAACCACCUCUUCUCUCAGAGACUCCCUGAACAGCCUGACCUCCUUAGACCUCUCCAGGAGCAGGAUUGGUGCCAUAGCCUUUGAGGAGACAGGCUGCCUCCCAGCCCCUUUCCUCCUGGGGCCGGAGAGCAGGGCGCUGCUGCCCUGCGUUCAGGAGAAAUUUGAGUGUUUCGACUGUCACAAAGCCUACUACACCUUCUCAGGGCUGGCCAAGCACAGGCAGCUGCAGUGCGAGUGGCAGUGCCGCAAGAAUUUCAAUUGCAAGUACUGCCACAAGGAAUAUGUGAGCCUGGGGGCACUGAAGAUGCACAUCCGCACCCACACGCUGCCCUGCAUCUGCAAGCUCUGUGGCAAGGCCUUCUCCCGGCCCUGGCUGCUGCAGGGGCACAUCCGCACACACACAGGAGAAAAGCCCUUCUGCUGCCCACACUGCAGCCGGGCUUUCGCAGACCGCUCGAACCUGCGGGCACACCUCCAGACACACUCCGAUGUGAAGAAAUACCACUGCAAGAGCUGUGCCAAGACCUUCUCCAGGAUGUCACUGCUGUCCAAACACGAGGAGGCCGGGUGUCCUCCCCUCUCUCCUGAUACCCUGCCAGGACUCCCAGGAAGCACCUGAACAAAAGCACUGGUGCAAACAUAUAACCAGGGUGCAAGCAAACCAGUUUCCAUUUUAUAUACUGGGAUUCAGUAGUUUUUUUUUUUUUAAAUUACGUUUGUUAAAACGUUACUCUAAGUUGUGGUAUAAUUGGCCAGGUAUGUGAGUGUGGAGUCUAUCACAAAAUAUGAUUACUUUGGAAUUCAACAGGAAAUAAUCUUCAACUACAUUACCUGCUUUUGAAUUUCUGAAACCUUUUGCAAAAUGUUACCUUUUUGUUUUUUGUUUUUUUAUCUUUUUUUCAGCGAUUAUCAGGCAAACAAGGUGGAGACCCUGGUAACGAUUUCCUUUUAAAGGAAUGGUACAAACUGAUUUCACAGCACGAUGACAGUUGUGGGGCCUGUGGUCUAUGUUCUGACUGUCAGUAUUACUUAAAACAAACAAAAAAAAAAUACAAGCACGGGUGCUCGAAGGAACGUUUUUUGAAUAACGCUAUUCAAUAUUAUUUGUUUUGAUAUUUUUGUUAUAGCAGGGAAGUAUAAAGAGAUAGUAUUACAGUCCAUCCACAUGUUAAACAGUGCAAUGAAU